AAGUGGAGGAGGAGGAGGACAUUGUUGUAAUAGCCCAGCUCCAGAGGAUGAGCGGAGCAUGCUGCACACAUUUGGCACAGAUACACGCAAAGAUUUCAUGUUUUCCAUCGCCAUCUGAAUAAUGAACCGUCUGUGGUGAGACUGUCGCGCCGUAUGGACACAUUUUCUUCUGGGAACAGAGUUCAUUCAGCCGAGGCUCCUCAGCGCGUCCGUGUGGAUGAGACGACAUGAUGCCAGCGACAUAAAAAUCAUAACAUCUGUACGGUGUGCAGGGCUGCUGGAUUAAGCCUCUGUGAAUCGACUCUGCCUGUGUGCAGAAAACCCAGCGGAGCACAGGACGACACUUUCCCCCCGACAAAAGACUGGCAGAGGAGGUAAAAUAAGGACAGUUGUAUCCCUGAAGGCCUUUGAAGCACACAGUGAGAGAGGAUGAUAGAUUGACAUUAAUGGGAUUUUUUUUUCUCCCCUGCGUUUUCCACACAAGACCUCAUUAAAGCAAUAUUCACGGAGAAAAUACGCUGGGUAGGUCUGAAUGCUCUGCGCCCAGAAGACAGGAACCUAAAUAAAGGUGUCACAUGCUUUUCUUUCCAGUUUGCUUGCAGUGUUUCCAUACAUAGCAUAGCCUAUCAUCCGGCACAAACUACAUGAAGAUAGGAUGAAGACCAUAUGUUGAGUCGACGCUGAGCAUCUUGGAUACCGAAAGCUGCACUUCCCAAGUUGUUCGCAUCUCAGCAAAAUUUUGAAGACUUCUCAGGUAGUACUAAGGUUAGGUGUAGUUUUGUAGGAAGGGAUAACAAAAUGGGGAGCGACAGUGAGAUUUAUAACAGAGAAUUGUCAAAGAUGUCCGACGACGAUUUGUUGGCAUGCUCCAAGGAAGAGCUAGUGAGUCGGCUGCGUAAAGAGGAGUCGGAGAAAAUAUCCGCUCUCAUUCAGCGCGGACGGCUGAUAAAAGAAGUCAAUAAACAAUUACAGGGACACCUCCUUGAAAUCAGGGAAUUGAAGGUCAUCAAUCAGCGUCUGCAAGAGGAAAACACGGAGCUGCGUGAUUUGUGCUGCUUCCUCGACGAUGAUCGGCUCAAAGUGAAGAAGCUGGCCAGGGAAUGGCAGCUGUUCGGGCAUCACGCAGCCAAAGUGAUGCGGGAGGACCUGGGCGGAUACUUGAAAAAAUUGGCUGACCUGGAGCGCAUGCAGGACGGGCUGGUGAAGGAGAAUUUGGACCUGAAGGAACUGUGUUUGGUCCUGGAGGAGGAGUGUGUCAGUAGAAGUGACUCCAGCUCCGGUGGGUCAGCUGAGCUCAACCUGCCUUGCAUGGUGGCCCGGGACCUGGGAGACGGAAGCUCCAGCACCGGUAGCGUCGGGAGUCCGGACCAGCUCCAUCUGGUGUGCUCUCCUGAUGACUGAGGGCAGGGCCCGGCGUGGUUUUGGUCAGUGGCCUGGGCUACUGCUGCUAUUUGACAUUCAUGAAGAAGUUAGGCUAGGGCUGAUUUGUUGGACUGAACAUGGAGACACACACACAGGAACAUGUUCAAGCAGGCUGACUUGCCAGAAAAAUACAAACACCAUGGCUUAAGUUGGUACAAAAGCAUCUCUGAAUGCUGCAAAGUUUGUGUGCCACAAGGUUUUGACUUAAAGAUCCUACCACUAUUGACUUUUUUCAGGACCUACAGAAACAUUCAAUCCAGGCUUUUGCCAGCUGUAAUGUAAUCAAAUUUUACAUUGUUUUUCCUAAUAAGUCUUCUGUUUUGGGGAAAAUUCUUCUUUUUCAGGUGUCUGUUGUUGGAAAAAUGGGAUCAAAAAAGUGGGUCGCAUAUAAUUUUAUCUCAUGCACUGGACUAGCCUACACUGGUAGAAGCUUUUUGUAUUGCACUGGACAGCGCUAUCUUGGAUCUUUAGAUCAUGUAUCUAAAGAUUCAUUUCAAUCCAGUUUUGAGCCAUAUUAGUCCACUGAAUUCCAAUAGCACUGAAAUAGAUGAGUUGUGAUUAAAAAAAGAUAUUUGUUUUUGUUAGAGACCCAGUAACAAUGUGUAGGCUACUAGUUUAUGCAUUCUCUUCCUCAGGACAGGAUUGGAGUGCCAUAUGUGCAUGAUGAUUAUCACGAUUUGUACAGGCCUGCUAACCAAUCUGACUUUGAGGCCCUUCAGGUUUACUCUGGGUGGAGCUGGUGUGCAUAAAAUACAUGUACUGAUGCCUGGGAAGAGCCAUCAUACUAGUUUAGGUCUCUGAUCAGAUAUGAUAUAAUUGAUAUCAGAUAUCAUUGGACCUCAUUCAGAACUGAACUGCACAUGCCUAAGUUCUAUCAGACACUUUUGUAUCAAACUGGAAACUCUUUGUAUCAAACUGGAAGGUCUAUAGGUUUUCUGUAGUGGUUUAUAUACAUGGACCAGAGAAGCUGUUUUAAGUCACUUGUAUUUCAUUUUGUUAUUACAUUGUUGUUGUUGAUGUUUUUGAUUAGCAUAUCACAGCUAAUACACGACCUGUUUAAGUUGGCAACGGUCAGCACCCUGUGUAACUUCAUGCUUUGUGUUUACUCUGUAACAUUAGAGAUAAUCUUCUCUUCUACUCUCCUUUACCUUGAUUUAUCAGUAUUAACUUGCAUUAAUUAACAAGUACAGAUUUCAGUUUGAAUCAUAGGCAAUGCACAUGGACUGGAAAAGAUUUGCUUUGUUGUUGGCUGUUAUUGGUGGGCUAUGCUCGUAGUGCAUUGAAGAGCUUUAAAUACAGUGGUUAUGACACUU